GCGCUCAGAGAUUUGUGUCAUGAUUACUCAUCACGAUGAUGAUGACAGCAGGCGGGUCUCCAUGUGUUUACAGCCGCGCAACAACUCACUUUCUGCCGCUUUCCUGUGCGCUUUCCACAAUGGAAAACAGACACACGGGUUCAGGAUGACGGCCAUGAACUAUGACUAGGAAACUGUACCGUUGUUACUGCGCUUUUUAUUAUUGUUUAUGAUCAUGGCGGCGGCGAUAAACUCUGAACCUAAACGCCAGAACGAAACAUGGAAGCGUCACAUUAUCAGACAGCUGAAAAACCGCAACAGGACACAGACGAGCCUCUUCCAGGACAUUAUACAGUCAUAUCACAGUCUGCUGGAGAAGUCCAAGCAAAGAGCCCUCAUAACCAAAGGCAUUCUGGGAUCAGGGUCAAGGACCUCACCAGUUCCCUCAUCGGAAGAUUCGCUGGCCUCCCUAAAGACCACCACCGGUGAGCUUGCAUACCAAGUGGUGGAACUGCAGCAGAGAGUCCAGAUGAAGGAAGUGACGCUGGAUGAACAGCAUAACAAGUUGUUUGAGGUUCAAAACCAUCUUAGUAUUAUGACAUUAGAACACAGCGAGCUUCAGGAACGCGUGACGGAGGUGCAGACUGGAAACCGACUCCUCAAACAAAAAUAUGACUCUCUCCUGGAGCAGCACCAGAAUAUGGAGAAAACAUACCGGCAGGAGAAACUCCACAGCGCAGACAUCCUGGAGAACAUGAUCCGACCAAAGCAGCAGGCUGCUGCCCGCAUGAACCACCGCAAUGAGAAGAGAGUGAGAGCCAGAGAGGCCAGCAUUCACAAAGAGCUUCAGGAGGCUGCCAAUAAGAAUGUCAAUAUUAAUGAAGAGUCUGGAAAUGUUUCACCUCCCAACCCGUCAUCUCCUCAAUGUGAAACUGCAGAGAGGUUGGAAAGAUCCCACGGGCCGCUGUUCAGGUCUGCUUCAGCUACGUCUCCCCGCAUCAUCAGCUCCAUCAGGGGUCUUUUUGAGAGGAAGAUUCGAGGUAAAUCAGUUUGCCGGUCAGAAGAGGAUCUCUAUAUACCAUUAGGAGUCUGUCUGGCUGCCAGAGUUCCAACCAAAGCGAUUUCUUCACUGGAUGCUCAUGAUCUGGGAAUCAAUGCUGUGAGGUUCAGCACCAGUACAAACCUGUUGGCCACAGGAGGAACUGACAGAGUCAUUAAAACUGAGAGACAUUAAAGCAGGUACACAUGUGGACAUAUCAUUUACUGAGAGACAUUAAAGCAGGUACACAUGUGGACAUAUCAUUUACUGAGGGACAUUGAAGCAGGUACACAUGUGGACAUAUCAUUUACUGAGGGAUAUUGAAGCAGGUACACAUGUGGACAUAUCAUUUACUGAGGGAUAUUGAAGCAGGUACACAUGUGGACAUAUCAUUUACUGAGGGAUAUUGAAGCAGGUACACAUGUGGACAUAUCAUUUACUGAGAGACAUUAAAGCAGGUACACAUGGGGAAAUCAGAAUCACUGAAUCAGAAUGUGUCAGUCAAAAUGGACAGGGUCAAAGCAAAGCAAUGAAUGAAGUUACAGUUCAAUGUUCAAAUUUAACGAGCACAGUUGGCUAACAAUGUUUUAGGGAAGCCCCAGAUCUCUCCAGUUUGUGAAUCAUUCACACUAGUUUCAUUGAACAAAAGAAGUUAAUAAUUUAAGAAUGAUUCAAAAGAAUCAUCUGUUUGGUCUCCUCUGCAAGUUUUAAUGUUCGUACACAGACUUUAAACAUGGAAUAUAGAUCAUUAAUUCAGAGUAUUCUUCAGUCAUGCAUUUCCCUUUGGCUCAGUCUCU